CUUGAUGAAUAACUUCAACUGACGUUUAGAAUCUAAUUAUUCGUGUGAUAGAGUUGCAAAACCCUCCCGAACCAUCCGGAGAUAGGUGAAUCAUCCGUCGAUUAAAGAGCCAAAUAUAGAGCUCAGGGACCGUAUAAGCCACGACACAGAAGUCGCAGUCCCGCAUUGUUACCCAAAUCAAGUCUCUUUCUCGAACCCAGCACAUCCCCUACUGCCACGGAGCCAAAGUUUUCCACGACGAUGGAACCUAAACGCCCUAUUCGGAUUGCCAACUGUUCCGGCGCAGCCACUGAUCCAGGGGAUAUCAUGUUAACGCAAGCCACUGCCGGCCCCGUGGAUGUCAUAAUAGGCGACUACCUUGCAGAAGCAAAUCUAGCCCAAUACGCUGAGGCAUUUGGAGCAGGCCAGCAUCCUGGCUACGUAGCCUCGGCUUGGGACGGUCUGCACAAGUCCCUAGCCGCCAUCAACAAGAAAAGGAUCAAAGUCAUCAUCAAUGGAGGAGCCCUGAAUCCACAGGGGCUUGCUCGGGAUACACAUAAUAUAGUGCAAAACAAAGGGUAUGACCUGAAAGUGGCAUAUGUGGAUGGCGACGAUCUGUUGCCCAGAGUACACGAGCACAUAAAGCCCGACGAGAACGGGCGGCUGCCUCAUUUGGACGGACAGAAUGAGCAGGUUCAACUUACUAAGGAUGCGGAAAACUUUCUCAACGACCCAAACAAGAAGAUUGUGGCUGCGAAUGCGUACCUGGGCUGCAGGGCCAUUCGACGAGGUCUCGAUGAGGGGGCGGAUAUCAUCAUCUGUGGCCGAGUAGCAGAUGCCUCCCCGGUCAUGGGUGCGGCGGCGUGGUGGCACGGAUGGAAAGAGGACGACUGGGAUGAACUGGCUGGCUCCCUCGUAGCCGGACAUCUCAUCGAGUGUUCUACCUACGGCACCGGUGCCAACUUCGCGGGUUUUGAUCAGUACGAGAUCAAAGAGUUGCUGAAGUUGGGAUGUCCCAUCGCCGAGGUAGCAGCUAACGGCGAGUGCAUAAUCACGAAACAUGACUCCUUGAAUGGUAUCGUGACUGAAGAGGUAGUGAAGUGCCAGUUGCUGUAUGAGUUACAGGGGAACAUCUACCUCAAUAGCGACGUCAAAGCGGAUCUCACCAAGGUGCGUGUGAAGCAGGUGUCUGACACACGUGUCCACGUCUCAGGGGCGAAGGGUUAUCCCCCACCCCCGACGACCAAGCUAGCUGUCUUCUACAAAGGAGGUUUUCAGGGCGAACUGACCGUCAACGCUACGGGGUAUGCGACGGAUCGGAAGUAUGACCUACAAGAAGCCCAACUGCGCACACAGCUCGAGGAAUGGAAACUCACGGAUAAGAUCAGCUUGCUUGAAUUCCAGCGAGUGGGCAUUCCGCAGGAAAAUCCGCGGAGCCAGCUCAAGGCGACGACUUAUAUGCGCAUUUUCGUGCAGGCGCCCCUGGCCAAGACAGUGAGCUUGACCUUGAAGGCUUUCAUGUAUACCUUCAUGCAGCACUUCCCAGGCUUUGCCUGUACGCUCGACUGGCGACUGAUGCAGCCAUUGGCUUUUCUGGGGUAUUUCCCUGCGCUAAUUGAACAGAGUCGACUACAGGAGGCCGUCAACCUAUUGGGUAGCAACGAUAAAGUCGAGAAAAGGAUCCAGGUCAGCCCACCGAAAGUAACGGAAGAGCUGCAGCCAAGGGAGAAUUACGACCCCGCAUCACCCCAGAAUUUGGAUGCUUUUGGACUGACAAAGAUGGUGCCACUUGGUGACGUGGUACUCGGUAGGUCGGGUGACAAGGGGGCGAAUGUGAAUGUCGGUUUUACGCCGAGGGCGCACUUGGAUAACGAUGACACGUGGGAAUGGUUGCGAAGCUACUUGACGAGGUUGCGUAUUAAGGAGAUGAUGGGAGAGGAUUGGAGGGAUUGGUUUCACGUGGAAAGGGUUGAGUUCCCGGGUAUCAGGGCGGUGCAUUUUGUCAUUUAUGGUGCUCUAGGACGGGGAGUAAGCAGUUCCGCCAGGCUGGACUGCUUGGGAAAGGGGUUUGCUGAGUUUUUGAGGUCUGUAUAUGUGCCGGCGCCCAUUAAAUUCCUUGUACCGGAGGCUAUGAGCAAGUUGUGAUUUGAGAACAGUAUAGUUGGGGCUAUACUCCCCUAGUGCCAUGCAAACAUCGACUCGCGGAUUAUACCUACCGUUUUUGCUGCGGGGACACCUGCAAUUCGGCUGCUGAAUCGGUUCUGAAUGUCCCCAAUUAGUUGUAAUGUUGGUUUCCGAUCUGUACUGACUCAUAUAGCAACGAAUGAUGACUGCUCCCAUCGCUCCCACCCACCAAUUGCAUCAACGCACGCUAUAUCAUUUAAUAUGCACUCUUCGAGCGCCUUAAACAUGCGAAAAGCGUCGCAAUAUCAGUCCGGCAGCAUAUGAUAAAUGCGGAGCCCGAAAUCGAUUAGCCUCAUGUAA